AUGACUAAAUCUCCUCUCAUUUCCUCCGCCGCAGUCACCUUCAUCCUCCUCCUUGCCAUCUCCCACUUCCCCGGAGCUCUCUCUAAAUCCCCAAAAAUCUGCGAAACCCAACCCAAUAACUCUUGUAUCGAUAAAGACAAAGCAGUACAGCUCAAAAUCAUGGGAAUCUUCGUAAUCCUCAUCAGUAGCCUAAUCGGCGUUUUCCUUCCGCUCUUCGCUCGUUCCGUUCCCGCUUUUCAACCCGACAAAGCUGCCUUUUUUAUCGUCAAAGCCUUCGCUUCCGGAAUCAUCCUCUCUACUGCUUUCAUGCACGUUAUGCCUGAUUCUUACGAUAUGCUCAAUUCUCCUUGUCUUGACGAUAACCCCUGGCACCAGUUUCCUUUCUCCGGCUUCCUAGCCAUGGUCUCUGCCGUGAUCACGCUCAUGAUUGAUUCUAUCACCACCAGCGUAUACACCAGGUCGGCCAGGAAGAACAUGCGCGCUGAGGUUGGAACUGACAAAGCUGACGUGGGAUCCGCUGAGACUCCUGACCAAGAGACAGGACGCGUGCAGGUUCCUGUGACCCAUCAUGGUCAUGGUCAUGGUCAAGGUCUUGAGCUUGAUCCUAGUUUACAGCUUGUGCGGUAUCGUGUUAUUGCGAUGGUAUUGGAACUAGGAAUUGUGACACACUCAGUAGUGAUAGGACUAGCAGUAGGAGCCAUGAACAGUACAUGCACCAUCAAAGUUUUUGUUGCGGCUCUUUGUUUCCAUCAAAUGUUCGAAGGCAUGAGCCUCGGUGGCUGCAUCCUCCAGGCAGAAUACAAGUGGAUGAAAAAAGCAGUGAUGGCUUUAUUUUUCUCGGUGACAACACCUUUCGGAGUGGCUCUAGGAUUGGCAUUAAGUAAAACGUACAAAGAGAAUAGCCCUGCCUCUCUCAUAACAAUUGGCCUACUCAACGGCUCAGCGUCUGGAUUACUCAUCUAUAUGUCUCUAGUCGACCUUCUAGCGGCCGAUUUUAUGGGCCAAAAAAUGCAACGGAAUAUCAAGCUUCAAUUAAAGGCAUACGCUGCUGUUUUGCUCGGUGCUGCUGGCAUGUCCCUCAUGGCUAGGUGGGCUUGA